AUGAACACUUGUGUUUGUAGCUCACGAAUAACGUACAUUGACGGAGCAAAAGGGAUUCUCAGGUAUCGCGGCUACCCUAUCGAGACGUUGGCAGAGAGAGUGUGUUUCGAAGAAUGCGCUUUUCUCUUAAUGUAUGGAGAGCUUCCCUCUGCUUCUCAAUUGGCGGCCUACGCUGCAACGCUUAGGAGGCUUGCGGAUAUUCCCACAGAUUUGAGACGACUAAUUAAAACUUUCCGACCUGACGCACAUCCUAUGGGCAUGCUGAUGUCUUGCUUGGCUGCUGCUGGGACGGUAUUUCCGGAAGCAAAUCCUUGUAUCGCCGGUCAAACUGUAUACAAAGAUGUCCUUGUCAGGAACAAGCAUUUACUUCAGGUUCUGGCAAUGAUGCCUGCUAUUGCAGCGAACAUUCAACGUCAUCGGCAGGGUCUACAGCUUGUCAGUCCAGAUCCCAAACUCGGUUUCACAGCUAGCUUCAUGGCAAUGAUGGACAAGCGAGGGAAUAACCAAUGCUCGCCCCAUCCAGUUCUCGUCAAGGCGAUGGAUAUUUUGUUUAUCCUUCAUGCGGAUCACGAGCUAAACUGCAGUACCGCGGCUGCUCGCCAUGUGGCAUCUUCAAAUGCCGACAUAUACACUUCAAUGGCAGCUGCAACCGGAGCUCUCUAUGGGCCACGCCACGGCGGAGCAAACGAGGCUGUGGUCCGCAUGCUAGAGCGCAUUAAGUCAAUCGAUGCCGUACCAGCAUUCAUUGCAAGAGUAAAAGAGAGAAAGGAGAAACUCAUGGGUUUCGGGCAUCGAGUCUAUAAAAGCUACGACCCGAGAGCGAACAUAAUCCGUCAAGUGGCAGAACUAGUUUUCAAAGUUGUAGGAGACUCGCCGCUUAUUGAAGUUGCUCGAGAACUCGAACGCGUGGCCGUGAAGGACCCUUAUUUUACUACACGUCGUCUCUAUCCAAACGUCGACUUCUACAGCGGUAUUAUUUACAAAGCAAUGGGCUUCCCUAUUGAUUUUUUCCCACUGCUCUUCGCCAUUCCGCGAACAGCUGGAUGGACUGCCCAUUUCAAUGAAUUCAUAAACGAUCCGGAAAACCGUAUAGCACGGCCUUUCCAAGUAUACUUGGGGCACGGCCUCCGAAGCGAGGUGCCUCCCAUCGAAGAGAGACAAGAGGUCAGCGUGAUGAGCUUGAAGACACUUUGGUGCUGA